AUGUUAAUUUUUUCCUCUACACUUUGUGCAGAUAUGACGCCCUACUACAAACAUGUAUGUAAAACACUCCAUCUAAACGUUGAUCAAUCACUGGUUGAUCAAAUGAAAGCAGCCAAUGAUGCAAAACUGAAGGAGCUCGACGAAAAGGUUGCAAACGCAGAGAAGAAUGAAGGCGAAACAGAAAUCCGCGACUCAAUGCUUGCAAAAGCGCACUACUUGAGCAAAAUUGGCAAUAAGGUUUGCGUGAUCGGCUUCUUUUUCAAUGAUGGCGAACUUGUCACUAAAAAUAUUGACAAGGCCAACAGCCUUAUCGAAGAGGGUGGUGAUUGGGACAGACGAAAUCGCCUGAAGGUGUACCGGGGUCUUCACAGCCUCUCCGUUCGGGAUUUUGAUUCGGCUGCUAAACACUUUUUGGACGCUGUGGCUACGUUUACCAGCUAUGAGUUAAUGGAUUAUAAGAGUUUCAUAAUCUACACCGUGCUGACGGCCAUGAUUGCACUUAAGCGACAAGAUCUCCGCACUAAGGUCAUAAGCGGUUCCGAGGUACAAGAGGUCCUACACAGUCUCCCUGCCGUCAAGGAAUACUUGGAUUCCCUCUUUGAGUGCAGAUACGCUGACUUCUUCCUCUAUCUCGGUAAGUCCUUUAAUGAACUCUGCUAUCGAGCUCAGCUUUUAACAAUGCUUACCAGCUACAGUUUGACGGAUUCCUGUUUUGUAAUAAUUUAG